AAUGUCACAAUAACUUGUCUCAUGCCAUACUGUUAAAAUGCACAAUUAAAUAAAUACACUUUUUUAUGUAAUCUUAGAUUCCAAUGCUAUGAAGAAAAAUCCUUUAGAGAUUUGGCUGGCAUUGAUGAAUGAAAUGGUCUACUUUGAGAACAAAGAUUUGUCAACAUUCCUUCCAGAGAUCCUGGGUAUUAUUACCAAAAAUGAGCAGUUUGAGGAAUCGCAGCACAAAAAGCUACACUGGGACAACAUUUACCAGUACUUAACUUACUUGGCAAAAGGAGAUAAUCCGCCAAAAAGGCUUUCCAAUAUAGAAGCGUUGGUUCUUCUGGACAUCAUGCAGAACUUGGGGGACACUUUUAAGGAGCUGGACACCACAGAACAGAGACGUGUCCUCAACAUUAAGCACGAACUGCUUAGUUUUCACACAGUGGAGCUGCCGAGGACUCAGCGAGAGAUUGGCACAUUCAGAGUUGCACUAGCACUUAGUAAUAAAUUUGAUAAUUGUGAAGAAGACCUUGAUGCCACAUGUGACAACGAUCCUGCUUCAAGUGGAUCUCAGGCAGCACAAUCUACUUGUGACCUAACAGCUGGGCCAAGCCACGCCCCUGACCUGUGCCAACCUUCAACCUCUGACCUGUGCCACCCUUCAACCUCUGACCUGUGCCAACCUUCAACCUCUGACCUGUGCCAACCUUCAACCUCUGACCUGUGCCACCCUUCAACCCCUGACCUGUGCCAGCCUUCAACCCCUGACCUGUGCCAACCUUCAACCUCCGACCUGUGCCACCCUUCAACCCCUGACCUGCGCCAGCCUUCAACCUCUGACCCAUCAGCUAGUCAAGCCAACCUUGCUUCCUGUUCUGCUGGUGUCCUCAAGUUUACGUUCCCAAUCAAAGGUUGCAAAAAGCUGAUCAAACCCAAGUUUUUUAGUCUAAAUCCCUUGUGUAUAUCAUCUAAAUUAAUGCAGAUUGAGAAGAAAAAGAAAGCAGAGGGAGAAACUUCAUGAAGAACCUCAACCUUGUUGACUAUUGUUUUUUGUUAUGCCUAUUUCUUGCAUGCCUGAAGGAAGUGUACAUAUUUUGGUGAUGAAGAACCUCAACCUUGUUGACUAUUGUUUUUUGUUAUGCUUACUUCUUGCAUGCCUGAAGGUGUACAUAAUUUGGUGAUGAAGAACCUACCUUGUUGUUGACUUGUUUUUUGUUAUGCUUAUUUCUUGCAUGCCUGAAGGUGUACAUAUUUUGGUGAUGAAGAACCUCAACCUUGUUGACUGUUGUUUUUUGUUAUUCUUAUUUCUUGCAUGCCUGAAGGAAGGUGUACAUAUUUUGGUGGUGAAGAACCUCACACCUUGUUCAAGUUGUUGACUGCUGUUUUUUGAUCAUAUCUUGCAUGCCUGAAGGAAGUGGACAUAUUUUGGUGAUGAACCUCACACCUUGUUCAAGUUGUUGACUGCUGUUUUUUGUUGUUUUUUUAUCAUAUCUUGCAUGCCUGAAGGAAGUGGACAUAUUUUGGUGGUGAAGAACCUCACACCUUGUUCAAGUUGUUGACUGCUGUUUUCUGUUGUUUUUUUUAUCAUAUCUUGCAUGACUGAAGUUGUACAUAUUUUGGUAAUGAAGAACCUCAUACCUUGUUGACUAUUGGUUUUUGUUAUGCUUAUUUCUUGCAUGCCUGAGGGUGUACAUACUUUGGUGAUUGUUGUAGAUUUUUUCCCCAAGGCUUGUCACCUGUUUUCAGCACAAAAAUUGUUCUAAUUGGAUCUAGUAGAUCCCAUCCCAUGAAGGUUUCUUGUAACAGUUACAAAGCUUUUAUUGUUGAGUGAGAUUGUUUAUUGAC